CACGCAUGCGCAGUGUGACAAAUUAUUCAGGUCAGGAAAGUCAGGGAAGUGGUUGGGAGCUAGAGGCGAAAUGGAGUAAGGUGAGCAAAGUGGGCCUAUUGACGGAUUCAAAUAUAAAAAGAAUGAUGAUGGUACAGUUAACAAGUACUAGGUUAUUUGCAAGAUUUGUAACAAGGAGUUUCAAUUUCACCGGAGCUGUUCAAGCUUGUAGCCUAUGGUAAAUCCUACCCAUGCAGAGUGCAGCCUGCAAGAUAAUGAUGACGUGAUUAUCUUUUGACUCCCUGGCCCCUCCCCCGACACGGCACCUUGCAAGUUGCUCAAAAUAAAAAAAGUCAGAUAAAAAUGGAUAACAGAAAGCGCAAAGGCUGUGCUGAAAAGGCCAGAAUAAAAAAAGAAGAAAGCUUUGGAAACUGACGCAGCCAAAUGUUCUAAACUGAGCACAUUUUUCCUCAAAAAAACAAACGAAGACGACGAGGCCGCUCUUCAGCAGCAGCCGCCUAUAGUCCAGUUUGCUGCUAACAGUGAAGAGCAAGGCCCAGUAACGUUACCAAGCUCCAGUCAUGAGCCCAACACACCAGAAUGGGCAGACCUGAUGCUGCUGAAAGAGGAAAGUCAAGAACUGAAUGAAGUGGAGGAGAAACACCAUGAUUUCACAAGUGGAGACAAAUCUUUUAGUUGCACAGAUACUGAAAAGAGUUCCUCACAAAAAAGAACUCUUAAAACAGUAUCUAAAAGUUGUUUCAACUGCCGUCAAUGUGGAAAGAGUUUCACACGUAAAGGACACCUUCAUAGCCACUUGAGAAUUCAUACUGGAGAGAGCCCUUUCACCUGCCAACAGUGUGGCAAGAGUUUCAAUCAGAAAGGAAACCUUAAAAGCCACAUGAGAAUUCACACUGGCGAGAGUCCUUUCACCUGCCAACAGUGUGGAAAACGUUUCACUCAAAAAGGAAAUCUUAAAAGCCACAUGAGAAUUCACACUGGCGAGAGCCCUUUCACCUGCAAACUGUGUGGGAAGAGCUUUGCACAAAAAGGAAACGUUAGGCACCAUAUGAGAAUUCACACUGGAGAGAAGCCUUUCACAUGUCAUCAGUGUGGAAAGAGUUUCACACAAAAAGUAACCCUUAACGGCCACAUGAAAAUUCACACAAGGGAGAACUGUUUCAUAUGUCAUCAGUGUGGAAUGAGUUUCACAGACAUGAAACACCUUAACAGGCAUGUGAUAACUCACACCGGAGAAAAGCCUUUCAAAUGCCCUCAGUGUGGAAGGAAGUUCAGAUUAAAUAAAAACCUUAAGAGUCACAUGAAAAUUCACACUGGAGAGAAGCCUUACAUGUGCCAUCACUGUGGAAAGACUUACGCACACAAAGGAAACCUUAAGGUUCACGUAAGGCUACACACUGGAGAGCGGCCUUUCAUUUGCCCUCAGUGUGGAAAGUGUUUUACACAUAAAGGAAAUCUUAAGAGUCACAUAAGACUUCACACUGGAGAGAGACCUUACACAUGUCUUCAGUGUGGAAAGAGUUUCACUUACCAAAGAGACCUGAAAAGUCAUUUGCAGAUUCAUUCCGGUGAGAAACUGCAGUGUUCCGAGUGUGGAAAGGCAUUCGCAGAGAGGAUCAACUUCAUAAAUCAUCUGCGCAUUCACUCCGGAGAAAGGCUGUUUAAUUGUGAUUACUGUAGUAAAAAAUUCCUUUUGCCAUCUCACUUAGAGAUACAUCUAAAAAAUCAUGCGGUUGAGAGACCCUAUUUUUGUUACUUGUGCGGAAAGGGUUUUAAAUGGCUCGGCAAUUUAAAAUCGCACCAGAAAAUGCAUAGUGGUGUGAAUGCCUGUACCAGAGCAAGCUACUUGAAACGGCACCAACAAAUCCUUAUUGGAGAAAAAAUGGACAAGGUUUCACAUAGUGGAAAGCUUUUCACUGCUUCAGAAACUUUAACACAAGAAGGGGUGCAUACUGGAGAGAAGCUAUACAACUGCUCUUCAUGUGGGAUGAAUUUCAGCACAUCAAUUUAUCUUUUGGCUCAUAAAAAGAAGCAUUGUCAGAAGUAGUCAUAACGAAGGUAAUUUGAUCCAAGUUCUAUAUAGGAAGCUUAUAAGAGGUCAAAAUAUUAGUCCAAUAAACUUGUCUGGCUGUGCAAUACCA